UUGACGCGAUACGAACGCCGGCCAAAUCAAACAUUAUUUCGUUAUUGGUUUCUAUUCAAGCUAACUAAAGGCCAAAAGGAUACAACGCAAGGACUUUUCCUGAUGUUUUCAUCAGUGGCCAAUAAUUACUGCUCUGCCCUGAUACAGUAGUAUAAGAUGAAGGCACCUAAAAGUUUACCAUAAUCGUCAGUGGCUUAUCCUGAGAUCUGGGAAUUUUGGCUCACUCGACGAACUGUAUUUGAUAAGAAGAGGUAAUCAAGAAGUAAUAUUUCUUUAAGGUUUAACUGAGAAAUUCACUGAUCAUGUCAUAUAUCUGUAAAAAAUUGGUAAUUGUAGGUGAUAGUGGCUGUGGAAAAACUUCUCUUUUGACGUCGUUCGCUUGCAAAAAGUUCCCCGAAGAAUUUGUGCCGACACUUUUUGACGGUGGAUAUCGGGCUGAGAUUACAGUUGAUGGAGAUACGGUUGGGCUGGCAUUUUGGGAUACAGUAGGAAAAGAAGGAGAAUACGAUAGGCUGCGACCUCUGUCUUAUACUGACGCUGAUGUUAUUUUGAUGUGUUUCUCCAUUGAUAGUCCUGAUAGUUUAAAGAAUGUCCCUGAAAAAUGGACUCCUGAAGUAAGGCACUUCUGCCCCAAUGUACCUAUCAUUUUGGUUGGCAACAAGAAAGAUUUGAGAAACGACAGAAAUGUGAUAAACGAGCUAUGGAAACUGAAGCAAGCGCCUGUUACCAGCAAGGAAGGAUUUAAGAUGUGUCGAAAGAUCAAAGGUCAUUUAUAUCUAGAAUGUUCUGCUAAAGCAAUGGAAGGAGUUAGAGAUGUAUUUGAAACGGCUGCUAAGGUCUCGCUGAAAACAACGUGUCGUUGCCGUAGAUAUAAAUGUGAAAUUCUGUAACUAGUUAUUGCUUUUCUAGAUCAAUGCCAGGAGCUCAGCGAUUACGCACCUACCCCUCCCCUAGCCCAACAUUGACCCUAACUUGUUAUCAGUUGACUGUUGUGAGUUAGGAGAGGGGUAGGUGUGCAGUUGAUCAGACACCGACAUUGAUCCACCUCGAUCGGUUGGCAGAGGCGGAUCCACGAAUUUUGGACAGAGAGGUGGGUGUUCAAACUCUGUUUCAGAGAACGCAAAAAUGUUUUUCAUACAAGAGCUUAAGAACGUAUAGAAAUGCCCGGUAUUUCAAGACAAGUAGAUUCUAAAUACUUCACAUUGAGUAUUAACAUGCAAUCCUAUCGAUGCAAGAGUUGAGGGUGUCAUUCAAGAGGUAAAAAAUACUCACAGGUGUGAUGCAAGGAGUAUUAAACUGGUGAAUUCGCCCCAUCAAAACUUCGCCCUCAUCCACCGUUUUUUGUGAGUUCGCUCCCUUUUGCAUGUUGGUCGCAAAAAUAUCAUGUUUCCGAGUGGAAAUUUAUAAGUUCUGUGAUAUGGAAACGAGUCGAAAGAUUUGGGGGCGAACUGUUUAAGGUGGGAGCGAAUUUGUCUUUACGUUAGAGGCGAACUCGCAAAGGUGAUAGUGGGCGAACUUCCAAGGGGGCGAAGUCAUUAUAAACCGUAAGAGCUUACCCGCAGGCUAAAGGAGAAGUUCGAAGUGUCGUGUUAAGCUUUGGCUUUCAGUUUUGCUCUAUAUAACCUCUACAUCGUAUUACUUUUAAGCGACAAUGGUCAUAUACAGACAUCUGUCGCUCAGAGCGAUUACUCUAAGCUACUUAAGCUUUAGACCCUCAGCCACCAAAAAAAUUAAGAGCUUUAAAAGAAAUACGAUACUUCAGGCUGCCGGCUGUAACAUCAUGGAAGACCCGUGACUUUUUAAACUGAGGUACCAUUCGCCAAUUGCAUGUUUACUAACCGAAUAUUUCCUAAAUUGUUCAAAGAAAUUAUUCUGAAAUGUUAACGACAAGAAUUACAGUAAUAAGCUCCAAAUGUUUAUCUUACUCUUGUAAUCCAUAAUAAAUUUAUUAUUUUCUUACUGAUGAAUACAAAAAAUUUCGUUAUCUGUUUGGUCACGCAAAGAUACAUUUUUUUCAAAAAUAUUUUCUCGACACUACCUAAAUUAUUCAUCACGAUACAAUAAUCUGCAUUCUAUGUGGUAAAGAUUGCAGAGUUAUCGUCUAAUAAUGAUAUUAAUACCAAGAAUGAUAGUAAUAAAGAUGAAAUGAUUACGAAAGUUGACGAUUUUGGGCGGGUCUACCUAAUCCUCUGACCCUCAUCCUCCUGAUUAAAAUUCCUGGUUUUCAUGUAAAUUAAGCCUCGCAAAAAAUACUUUUUAUUCUUUUGCUCAAGUAGGAGGCGUUUUAGUGUCUUUUUACCAGACAGCCGCUGUAAUAUU